CCAAUAAUUUGCAUUAUAAAUAGCAACACACCCGCCACUCUGCUUUCAUCAUAACUGGUUGAUACACAGAAAUACCAAGCUUCAAGCAUUUCAUGUUAAUGGUGAUUUUCCCUUUGACAACAUGUCUCCCCUUAGCAAGAACGACUUGCGACGGAUUUUCGAGAAGCUUGACAAGAAUGGGGAUGGCUUGGUUAGCCUGGAGGAGCUUAAUUGGUUGCUUGAGAGAAUCGGAGUCCAGUUUAGCCUUGAAGAAUUGGAGUCCUUAGUGGGAAAACCUUGUCUUGGCUUUGAAGAAUUCUUGUUCUUCUAUGAUUCCAUCUCCAACCACAACACCAAGAUUGAGGCAGCCUUUGAUGAUGAGGAGGAGGAAGAAGAAAUAAGGAUGGUUCAUGGUGGCGGUGAUGAUGAUGAUGAUGAUGAUGAUCAUGGAGACAGUGACCUUGCCAAGGCAUUCAAGGUGUUUGACUUGAAUGGUGAUGGCUUCAUUUCAUGUGAGGAGCUUCAAAGCGUGUUGGUAAGACUUGGUUUAUGGGAUGAAAAGAAUGGCAAAGAUUGCAGGAACAUGAUUUGCUUCUAUGACACCAACUUGGAUGGUAUGAUUGAUUUUGAAGAAUUCAAAAACAUGAUGCUACGUUCCGUUUCUUAAUUCCAAGGGGUUCAUCAAUGUCAUGAACACAAUUAUCAGCCUUGUUUUCUUUUGAGAACUAAUUGCUGGCAGCUCUACUGUAUUAAGCAAAAAAUAAAACUUUAUAUCUAUGGUGUUUUUCAGAUCCAACUAUAACCUUGUAAUAUUUUAUCAUCUAGUUUGAUAUUUACAAUGCAGUGUUGGUUGUUGGUUGCAA